UCGGAGCUCAGUCGUCAAACGGCAGCAUUUAACUAAAGUCGCAAGCCCGGAGUGGGAGCAGAUCGCAGCUGGAAGCAUAACCAGAACCAGGCACGGAACAAGAAGCAGCAAACGCUUUUAGCGCUAUCUACAUAUUAUUCUAUUUGUGGCUUACAAGAUGUUUGGCACUCGACGACAUUUGUUGCUGGUCGUGACGCUGGGCGCGCUGAUGCUGGGCAUCAGCUGGGCCGAGCAGCCCGAGCAGCCCGAGGAGGUCAUCAAGGAGGAUGUGAUUGAGAUUGAGAACAAAACGCAAAAGGUCAUACGGGUCAGUCCGCUGGAGCUGCCCUUGAAGCAGGACCGCACGGGCAGCCAAACGAACUCGGAGCUCUUCCAGAUCCAAACGCUGCGUCCGGGCGCGCAACGACCACGCCAGCGUCUGUAUGUGGACUCGAAGCGCAUGCGUCCCGCGAGGAUCGCCACUGGUGAAGCAUCGCAGCCCGCCUUGAAAUUCUCGUACACGCCCGAACUAAAAGCCUUUCCCAAGCAGAAGCUGAAAAUAAAGCAGCAGAAGCAGCUGCACUUCCCGCUCGAGCCUAGCGCCAGUCCCAUGGAGGCGCUGCCCGUCCAGAUGACGCCCGGUCCCUAUCCCAUCUACUAUGUGGUGUCCAAGACGAACGGCCGCUUCGGCAAGUUUCCCAUCAAGUCCUUCCGCUCGCCCGCCGAGUUCGCCAAGUAUUUGAUCAAGAGCAAGGCGGAGCCCAUAACCCGGACCCAGCGUUUCGAGACCAGGCCCCAGCCGACGACCGAGGUGGAGGGCAGUCGGUAGUCGGUAGCUUUACUGCUUUGUGAUUUGCACGCGCGCUUUGUAUGCUAAGUUAAAUUAAAUUAUUCACCGUAAUUAUAAUUGCUAAUUACCACAAUAACUACAAUUACCCAAACCCAUUAUGUACUACGUAUCUCUGAAGUGCCCAACCCAUGUACUACAUGCACAAGUAUCUUGCUUGCCAAAUAAACCGAAACUGCUUUAUAUCGCAA